CAGCAGCAGCAGCGGCACCAACAUCCCCGAGGCCUCAAACCUUCAAACCUUUGCCACCGGGCAAGUAGGUUUAUCGUCAAGCUUACAGCAUGGGUAAGGGAAAGCCGGCGGGCAUCCGCGCGGGGCGCAAGCUCCGCAUCCACCGCCGUAACGAGCGGUGGGCGAGCAAGGACUACAACAAGUCUCACUCGGUAACCGCCAUGAAGGCCAACCCCCUCGGUGGCUCUUCCAUGGCCAAGGGUAUCGUGUUGGAGAAGAUUGGUAUCGAGGCCAAGCAGCCGAACUCUGCCAUCCGGAAGUGCGUGCGCGUCCAGCUCAUCAAGAACGGAAAGAAGCUGGCGGCCUUCGUGCCGCGCGACGGUUGCCUCAACUUCACGGACGAGAACGACGAGGUGCUCAUCUCCGGAUUCGGUCGCCGUGGUCACGCCGUGGGUGACAUCCCCGGUGUCCGGUUCAAGGUGGUCAAGGUGGCCGGUGUCGCGCUGCUGGCCCUCUACAAGGACAAGAAGGAGAAGCCGCGGUCCUAAGAAAGUUCUCGAGAACGGACCCAGGCCGCGCUCUGUCUCUCUCAAGCUCGUUACGGCGUCUCGGAGGGGGGGUUACGCGGAUUCAUGACUGCGAGCAUGUCGCCAUGUAGUACCAUGAUUUCCCUGGCGAUACGGAGGAUUCUUGGGAAGGGGUAGCUCGUUUGAUGGGAGAGCUGGUUCUUCCUCAUCUGCUGUGUCCCGCGUUCUUGAAAUGAAAUACGCUGCUGCUGCUUUUGCUCCGAGGGGCGUUGCCCUACUGGAUGGGAAAAUCCCGGAAAUGUCUUCAUUGCUGCUGCGAAGAUACAGAUAUUUUUCCCGUCUUUUUUUUUGGGGGGGUGCGUGGGUGCCGCGUGGUGAAAGCCCAACACAUGUGUACCGCGCCAAGACGAUGACACGGCGCGCCGAAGUAUGUGGACCGCGUUGCUGUUGUUAAUCGUGGCGAUCCCCUCACGGAGCUACAGCCGUGACAGGCCAAAUUAGGGCCAAGCUCUGGCUACAAGCCUCGCUUGCUAGUGGCACUUGUACCAAACCACUGACGCAGCUUGUCUUGGCCUCUGCUCACAUGCAAGCUCGCGCGCUCGUAGGUACAGUUCGCUUUUUCUUACUGCUUGGAAAGUCUUGGUGCUGUUGAAGCCCAAUCGCCGGGCUGCUCUUUUUGGUACGAACCCACAAAUCCAAACGGGGAAGAAGAGGACAGCAACAAAGCCAUGAACCUCUCACGGCAACAAGGACGAACGAUCUCGCCGCUGUUUGGGGUGGGGGCUCUUGGCAUAUCAUUUACUUGACAACCGUGCGGUGAUGCGCCAAUUUCAUCUCGAACAUUCGAAAUCGACACGGACCUCCUGAUGACACGACGGUGUCAUUGAAUGCCAACUGUCUCACACUUGCCAAUGCGGCAUUCCUCCAUACGUAUCCCCCACUUUCAGUU